CACCAAGCCAGUCCAAGUUCCCCAAAACACACAACCCUUUCAAGCUCAACUUUCCUCUUCCAUAAGAACUACUUCACCUAUUGGUUACAUAGCCUACAUCACAAGAUUAGCAAAGAUGGAUCAAAACGAGCAGCAGCAGAUGCUUCAAUCUCCCACCAAAUCUCACAAGUACUAUCAGUUCCUCAAGAAGACAUUGCAGUUCUUAGUUCCUGUUUCUAUUUUAUCUUUCCUUCUUUCUUACACCUCAAGUUUUCCUUUCCUUUUCGCCUACAAUUUUCAUAUCUCAACUUCAGUGUUCCCACUCUUCACACGCACUAUCGAGAGAAAGUACAUGUUCAUCCUUUGUAAUGGAAUUCUCGCUUUUCUUUCCAAAAACUCGAGCUUUAGCUGCUUUGACAAUAAUGGUGGAUACGUGAAGGGUGCCGAGGACGAUGUGAAGCCCGCAAAUGAACUAUCUGAAAUGAAGAAUGUACCGGCGCUUGAAGAUAACGAAGCCGCCAUGGAAAGUAUUACUGCAUCUCCAGUACACCCUGCGAUUGCAGAAAAAGAAGAAGAAAACGAGCCAUUGAAUUCACAAGUAAAAGAAAGAGAAUCUGGAGCUUUGAUUGUAGAAGGUGAGGAAGAUGAGGGAGAAGCAGAAGAUGAUGAAUCAGAAGAAAGUGGGCCUUUGGUUGUAGCAUCGCCGGUGAAAGAAGGAAAUGACGUGAAUGUGAAUAUAGAUGAAUUGAACAAGAAGUUUGAAGAGUUUAUAAGGAAGAUGAAAGAAGAAAUCAGGAUUGAAGCUCAACAACAACUCAUUGCAGUUUAGCAAAAUACUUGAGAGAAUAACAAUAAGCUUCACGAGUUCAGUCUCUUUUUAUGUUGUUUCUUGUACAUGAUGGGUUCUGUUCUACCCCUUCUCUUUCAGUAAUUAGACAAAAAUUUUCCUUUGUACCAAAACUUCAGCCUUGUGAUGUGGAUGAUGGUGGUCUUGACUGCUCUCCAAUUUCCACAAAAAAUAAGCAGACUUCUAAAUUAAAUAAUUUUCGGCUUUGUGAAAAAUUGGGGGGUAAAAAAAAAAUUGUUUCAUGUACAGGUUGGCUAGCUGAUGUCUGGUCUGAUGGUUGUUGAAAAUACUAGAAAAG